GUCACAGGCUUCCCGGCAGAGCGCCUCCUCAUCACUGUCCUUGAAAAAAAGCCUGGGUGUCGGGGUUUCUCACGGCGCGGACGCUCGCUCCGACCCGGAGCAGAAACUUGGACUCACCUUUUCAGUUGCCCAGCAGAAACUUCCGGGGAGGAAGAGCGAAGGAGGGGCUGCGCGCGCAUCCUCCGUUCCGCUGGCGCUGACAACAGCGUGCAGACGCGGCCUACUUCCUCUAACUGGGCAUCGCGACGCGCUAUACCCUGCUGGAAACUCCAUUUCCCAGAAGUCCGAGCGACGCGCCUGAUUAUUCCAUCCCCCCCAACCCCCAAUUGCUCACCGUUAUUUAUUCGGCCUUCUCUGGAGCCCGUUUUCCUCCUACUGCGCAUGUGCAAGCUCCUGUUGGGACUUAUUCUACUACUUGUGAUAUUUUGGAGACACAUUCAGCAUGAACAGGAAGUCAGCCAUGGAAGGAUGGGAGACUUUCUGCAGCUCUGCUAGCAGGGACCAUGGAGAGGGAAGAGGAAGAGCUUAAAAGAGGUCACUGGAAUCAGGCAGCAAUGGCUAAGGACUUUGUGACCCUCCAGGAUGUCGCCAUAGAUUUCACCUUGGAAGACUGGGAAGACCUGGAGUCAGAGCUGGACCAGAGAGACCUGUUCUGGGAUGUGUCACUCAACAACUACCAGGACAUUUUCUCAUUUACAGACGCUCUGCAACCCAGCCUGAUUUCCCAGCCAGAUGUCAGGGAAGAGCUGGAAGCUAUAGUCAGAGAAGGCCCAGAAGCCACCAGUACUGAAGCUCCUGAGACCAGUAACUCUCCUUUGCACAGUGGCUUCUCGGAAGACGACUUCUCCCAGGUUCUAGAGGUGUUUCCCAGUGAGGAGCUCAACUUUGAAGCCUGUAUAGGUGAGAAUUGGUUAGAUGGUCUUCUAGGAGACCCAGAAAGCCUUCUAAGACCUAACAUCAGCAACAAAGAAAGCCUCACAGAUCAUAGGAGUCAUGAGCCCAAGAGUGGCCGCAGUCCUGAGCCUCUUCCUUGUACAAGAGAGGGUGCUGUGAUGUCUGAUAUGCCUGAGAAGAACCUUACUCCAGUGAUGCUGAAGGGAUCCAGGAGUAGCCUGAGCCAGCAGAACUCUGUCCAGGGACACGAGAAGCUAUAUAUGUGUAGUGAGUGUGGGAAAAGCUUCAGCCAGAGUUACCACCUCAUCCAGCACUGGACUAUCCACGCCAGCGGGGAGCCUCCUGCAUGGCAAAAGCAGCAGCAAGGUCUCAGCCAGGGUGCUCACCUUCUCACAGGUCCAGGGACUCAAGCAAGCUACGAAUCCUACGUGUGUCAGGAGUGCGGAAAAAGGUUUAGUCAGAAUAUGUACCUCCAGUGGCAUCAGAAAAUUCACACUGGAGACAAACUUUGUAAAACUCAAAGUGACAACCUAGAAAAGCCCUCUAAGAGUCUGAGUGGUAAGCCAGGAAAACAGCUUAUGAGUAAAGGCACUGACUCAGCACAACUGGGUAACAUGCAAAGUUGGGACCAAGAAAAACCACCUACUAAUAAAAGUAGUGACCAAGAAAAAUUGCAUAAGAGUCAGCCUGGUGACAGUCCAUCCGUUCUUCAUCCAGAACCUAUUAACCAUCAGAAAACUCCUACAAAUGCUAAGUGCUUCAGAUGUAAGAAGUGUGGGAAGACAUUCAGUCGGGCCUUUUACCUAGCUGAACACCAGAGAGCCCACACUCGGAGACUCUACGAAUGCACUUCAUGCCCUGCAGUCUUGUACUUAAGGAAGCAGUUCUUCCAACAUCGCAAAACACAUUUUUCCAGAACCGUCUUUGAGUGUCAGGAAUGCCGAAAGGUCUUUAAUAGGAGGCCAUCACUCAUUAAGCACCAGGCUGUUCAUACAGGAGAGAAGCCAUACAAGUGUAAUGACUGUGGUAAAGCUUUCAACCACUCAACCACCCUGAAGAUCCACCAGAGGAUUCACAGCGGAGAGAAGGCUUACAAAUGCAGGGAGUGUGGGAAGGCCUUCCGUCGUAGAACAGACCUUACUGAGCAUCAGCGAGUGCACUCGGGCUUCAAACCCCACCAGUGUCCCGUGUGUGCCAGGAGUUUUAGCCGACCCUCACACUUGAUUCAACACCAGCUGAGUCAUGCUGCAGAAAGGCUCUUUAGCUGUGCUAAAUGCAAGGAGACCUUUGGCCAUAAAGAACAGCUAGAGCGGCACUAUAAAAUCCACACCAUCGAGUGCUUGUAUGAAUGUAAGCAUUGUGGAGAACACUUCAUUUGCAGGUCAACUCUGAAAUGCCAUCAGAGCAUACACAUCAGAGAAAAUAUAAGCGAGAAAAUUUUGGGUCAGAACUCGCAGCACACUGAAAAAUGCUUUAAGAAUACCAAGUGUGGACAAGCCUUUGACCACAGCAAGUAUCUAGGGCAACAUGAGAAGAUUCAUACCCAUGUGACAUCCUGUGAGCGUAACCCAUGUGGAAAAACCUGUGACCAGAGUAUGCAGCUCAUUUGCCAUCAGAGUAUCUGUGCUGGUAUAAAACCAAAUGAAUGCCCCGAGCCUGAGAAAUGCAUGCAUAACACCUCUGUCAGUGAGCACCAACCUUCACAAAGUGAGCAAUCCUUUAAGUGUAACAUAUGCAACAGGACCUUCAAACAGAGUGCCCACCUUUCAAAACAUCAGUUGAUUCACAUUAGAGAGAAACCCUUUAAAUGCAAUGAAUGUGACAGAGCCUUCAAGCAGAGGAACUACCUCAUUCAGCACCAGAAAAGCCAUACUGCAGAGAAGCACUUUGAGUGUAGUGAGUGUGGAAAAACAUUUCGUCAGAAAUCAUGCCUUUCUAAGCAUCAGAAAAUCCACUCAGGGGAGAAGCCCUUUAGAUGUGGUGAGUGUGGGAAAGCCUUCCGUGUCGGUUCCCAGCUCAUCCGGCACCAGAGAACUCACACUGGGGAGAAGCCGUAUGUCUGUCAGGAAUGUGGGAAAGCCUUCAGCCAGAGCUCAUGCCUUACUCUUCACCUUAGAAUUCACACUGGGGAGAAGCCAUACACAUGUAGCACAUGUGGGAAAACCUUUGCUCAGAAAGCAAAUCAGAGGAAGCACGAGCGGAUUCACAGCGGUGAAAAGCCUUACGCCUGUGAUGUGUGUGGGAAAGCCUUUGGCUUCAGCACCCAUCUCAGGCAACACCAGAGAAUUCACACCAAGGAGAAACCAUAUUGUCCAGACUGUCAUAAAGCCUUCCACAGCUGCUCUGCUCUGAGCAAACAUCAGAAACUUCACACUUGUAAAGUAGCAAGUAAUACUGCCGAGAGCCGCUUGGUUACAGUGACGUCUCAUAACUUCUAAAGGCCUUCGUUUAAAGCCAGCCAUUGAGACCAACACAUUGCAAACCUCUGCUCCCCAUAAAUCCUAAUGAAAAUCGAUGAGGCAGAUUGUAUCAGACACAUUCCGUCUAGACCAGUGGUUCUCAACUUUCCAGAUGCUGCAACCUUUUAAUUCAGUUCCUCAUGCUGUGGUGACCUCCAACCAUAAAAUCAUUUUGUUGCUA